AGAAUAGUGAAAAAAUAUGAUGAGCUCCCCCAAUAGGAGUUGGAGUUGCACGCAAAGUCCUCAAUUGUCGCCCGUAUAGGAACAAAACCUGUGUCUCCCGACCCUUGUCCUGCGCUUUCUCUCUCUUCUUUCUCUCUCCUAUUGCUCUACUCUCCACCCCUUAUUUUCCAGCAACUAGGGUUUUUGCCCCUUUUCUUUUACUGAGGGAGUUAUUGUCCAAUUCUUACCCAUUUCCAGUUUUUACUGUUGUCAUCACCACGUGAUUUUUAUUUUACAUUUUCUUAAAAGAAGUGGAGACAAAAAAGAUUUGAGUCUUUCUUGUAAACCAAUAGAUAUUUCUGGGUUGUUUUCCAUUCUUGAAGAUUGAGCUUAAAGAUUGAGUCUUUCUUGUAAACCAAUAGAAAUUUCUGGUUUUUUUUCCGUUCUUGAAGACUGAGCUUAAAGAUUGAUGGCUAAGACUAAACCUGGAAAGAAAGACCUUGAUUCUUACACUAUCAAGGGCACCAACAAAAUUGUUAGACCUGGUGAUUGUGUAUUGAUGAGACCAUCUGAUUCUGAUAAACCUCCAUACGUGGCAAAAGUAGAGAAGCUAGAGGCUGAUCACCGGAAUAAUGUGAAGGUCCGAGUUAGAUGGUAUUACCGACCUGAGGAGUCUAUUGGUGGUCGCAGACAGUUCCAUGGGGCUAAAGAGCUGUUCUUGUCAGAUCACUUCGAUGUGCAGAGUGCACACACCAUUGAAGGGAAGUGCAUAGUGCACUCUUUUAAGAACUACACCAAACUGGAGAAUGUGGGCCCUGAGGAUUACUUUUGUAGGUUUGAGUACAAAGCUGCCACAGGGGGCUUUACUCCUGACCGUGUUGCUGUGUAUUGUAAGUGUGAGAUGCCCUACAACCCUGAUGAUCUCAUGGUACAAUGUGAAGGAUGCAAAGACUGGUUCCAUCCCUCUUGUAUGGGUAUGACCAUUGAAGAAGCAAAGAAAUUAGAGCAUUUCUUGUGUUCUGACUGUUCCUCAGAAGAUGACACCAAACGUCCUUUGAACUCAUUUCACGUUUCACCACGUGAUGAGGCAAAGGUGGAGUCAAAGCGCAGGAAGAGAUAAAUAGCUGACCUUGAUGCAGUAUGAGGAGGUACGCAUUUUCUUGCGUAGUAGCACUGGCAUUGUUGUAUGUGUUAUCAAAUUGUAUAGUGCUGAGAGAGUACUGCCCUUUUGUAAAAGCCAGAAACCUUCUCUAUUUACUGUGACAAACUUGCUAUUAUAAAAGUUUGUGCACUAGACUGGGUUGUCUACUGAAUGCAAUUUGUGUGGCCUCAUGCAUGAGUUAUAACUGGAUAUUGCGGAAUCUACUACAAAUAUUGGAAACAUCGCAAAUCUAGGUGCCUGUUUCUAUGUUGAUUUUAUAACUCUCCUCUUCCUGUAUCUGCCCCUGCCCCCUCUAGGUGCCUGUUUCUAUAUUGGAUUACAUGUGAAGGCUGGAUGUAUGAUGACAAGCCUGUAAGAGCUGAUCAAGAAUCAUAUUGACGAAUAAGAACUUUGCCUCAUCUCGAGUUACAAUAUAUCUGGUUAGGAUCCCCUGAUCAAGAAAUUCAUUACAACAACAUACCCAGUGUGAUCCCACAAGUACGCAAACCUUACUUCUUCCUUAAAAGGAAGAGAGGCCUGACAACAAUAUACCCAGUGUAAUCCCACAAGUAUGCAGACCUUACCUCUUCCUUGAAAGGAAGAGAGGCCUGAUCAAGAAUCGUAUUACAACAACAUACCCAGUGUAAUCCCACAAGUAAGCAAACCUCAUCUUUCCUUAAAAGGAAGAAAGACCUGAUCAAGAAUAAUAUUGAUUUGGUUAAAUGUGUAGUGUUCUAAUUCGCUUAAAUUUUCCUGGGAACUCGUUGAUCAAUAGAGAUCUCUUGAUCGAUGUCCCUUGCUACAAUCCUUGUAUGUGAUUAAUGGAAGAUUGAGAAACUUCAGCAGCUUAAAAAUGAAGUUAUUUCUGCUACUUGGGCUACUU